AUGGGCACACCAUGCACGCUACCGCACCUUGAAUACCCUUUGCCUUUCAUCAUCCCUGCCUUUUCGAGCUCGCAGAGCGCAGCAAUCUCCCUUGAGUCAAGCCAGUGCCUGGGCACCGACGGAAUGAGAGUGACGCUUUGUCGUCAACCUACCUACCAAGCCAAGGAUUACUUUUGCCCGUCACCCGCUUCUAGGCGCCAGCCACCGCCCGGUGGAUUCACCCGCGGGGCGCGGCAGGACGGCACUGCCUGCGAACACCUGGCAGCAGGGCGGGCGACGGAUGCCGUUGUCGGCCCCUUUCCGAGGAAGCGCCGUGGCCGGCUGUCUCUGCCGUUGCGGCGCCCGCUAAUCAUCCGGUUGUCUGGCUGCUUUUCUUCCGAAAAGCGCACGCCUUGA